AUGAGAACCUUUCCAGCGGCUCCGCCUCACGUUCACAACGACGCGCAGAUAGAGGUGUUCGCGACUGCCCCGUCGGGCUUCCGCGUACGACGACCAUGCACCUUCCAGCUGCGCGAGCUGGUGUUGGACAACAACGAGCUUCGUGACGCGUCCGAGUUCCGCUUCAACGCUCAGCUGACGACCCUGUCGCUGAACAAGAACUGCUUCGACAACCUCGACUACCUGGUGUCUUGCAUUGAGCAGUGCUACCCGUCGCUGACAUUCCUCAGCCUGCUGGGAAACCCCGCAUGCCCCGACCAGAUCAGCAACCCAGACAGGGACGACGAUGACGACUACCAAAGGUACCGGUACUACGUGAUCCAUAAGCUUCGCCAACUCAAGUUCCUGGACUCGCGUGCUGUGACCAGCGGCGAGCGGGCUGAGGCUUUGCGCGUGGGUGCCUUCAUGCGGGUCGCGCGGCCACCGCUGCACGUCGCAGGAUCGGCGCCGUGGGCCGGCUCGGAGGAGGAGGAGGAGGGAGGCGCUUACACGCCGCUGCCCCCCACGCACGGCCAGCCGCGCAACAAGACCGUCUACGGGGUGCUCAAGUACAAGUACACCGGCAAGCACUCCGAAGGGAACCGCUUCAUUCGCAACGACCAGCUCUGAAGAACGCCAAGCUCUGGUGUCACCACUGCACCGCAUACUGGUUUCACGAUCAGGACUGCGAUUUGUGAAAUUGGCUGGCGCUUUUCUACGGCAAGUGGCACGUGAUACCGCAAGCAAAUACCCGGUACUCGGUGAACAUUUCGCGUGGAUUCUACCUAGAGCCGUAGGCUGUCCGAGUGCCGAUCGUCUCAUAUCUGUUUCGAAAGAACAUAUUAGCAACCAAAAGGUGCGGCUUAUCGGACUGGUUAGGUCCAUUUCAAGGGGUCACAGAGCUUGAAGACACUGGUCAGCAGGCACAAACAAUACGAGCACCAACUUUCAACUGUGUGUUUAUUUCUGGAAGCAGUUUUUAUGAACAUCGAAAGGGUCAUCGCACAUGACAACGCUAACUAGCCGUGCCCAUAUCGCUUUGUACGGGUUAAUAAAUAAUGAAUGAAUAAUGAAUUUUAUUUUUCCUUUUUGGAACACAAAGGAAGCAGACACUAAAGGAUGUGUGGCUCGACAAAAGCUUGUCACUCUUACAAAAAAUUCCGUGCGCAUGCUGUAAGUAGCGCGCAAAUCACACAAGAUAUACCACAAUAUUAAUGAAAACUAAUAGACAAUAAUGCCAACGAAAGUAUAGGGGGCGUUAUUUGUAGUAAUUAGAAUAUAAAUGUGGAGAAAGUAAAGUGGAUGAAAAGAUAACUUGCCGCCGGCAGGGACCGAACCUGCGACCUUCGAAUAACGCGUCCGAUGCUCUACACAGCGGCGGUCAACCUCCCGCCCACUUUAUGAGGUAUAUAUGUGCAUUUAAACCUAGGAGUCUUAGUCAGCACCGAUCAGAGCCAUGG